AAAAACAAGAGAGGAGGAAAAAAAAAAAAAAAGAAAUGGCCUCCGAGCCAGUACCACCACCACCAGCAGCACCCCUCACCAUGCCCGCCUCAGCCUCACGCACAGCAACACUCUUGUCCAACCUCACCAAUGUCUCGUCCCGUAUCACCGCCGCCUCAUCCACCCUCUCCCGCUCUUCAUCUCUCCCACCGGUGCGGCUUGUCGCCGUGUCCAAACUGAAACCCGCCUCGGACAUCCUCGCCCUCCACACGUCCUCCACACAAUCCCACUUUGGCGAGAACUACCUACAAGAACUACUUUCCAAAUCCCGCGAAUUACCGCCCACCAUCCACUGGCAUUUCAUCGGCGGCCUACAGUCCAACAAAUGCGUGACGUUGGCGCGGGACGUGCGCGCACUGUGGGCCGUUGAGAGCGUGGAUACACGCAAAAAGGCGUCGUUACUAGAUCGCGGAUGGCGCGAGAGGACGGAUAGGGAAGGGGUGGAGGAGAGGUUAAGAGUGUUUGUGCAGGUGAAUACAUCCGGAGAAGGAAAUAAAGCGGGUGUUGAGAUGCGGGAUGCGGUGGAGUUGUGUAGGUUUGUUAGGGAGGAGUGUGGCGCGUUGAGGUUGCAGGGUCUUAUGACAAUAGGGGCGAUUGCGAGGUCAACCGCAACAAAAGAAGGGGAGGAGAAUGAGGAUUUUGUGAGGCUGCGUGAGACCAGGGAGACGGUGGUCAGGGAGUUGGGCUUGGAGGAGUUGGAGUUGAGUAUGGGGAUGAGUUCGGAUUUCGAGGGCGCUAUUGCUCUGGGCAGUGAUCAGGUGCGUGUUGGCACGACCAUUUUUGGAGAGAGGCCGUCCAAGGCCGAGUUGAAGACGGUUGUCGCCUGAUAAUACUGCAUAGUUUAUGGGCUAUGGUUUAUGUUAGGUGUAAGAUAUGCAUUGGCAAGGGGUGUUAUAUCCAGGAGCAGUGUUGAUUCAUUAGCGAGCAUCUCCUAGAAUGAUAAUAUGAUAAAAUA